CUACUAACCCUCCCACACGCCGCAGGAAAUCAGUCACGAUGAAGUUCCUCAAGGUCGGACGCGUUGUCAUCAUCACUCGAGGCCGCUACGCCGGUAAGAAGUGCGUAAUCAUCCAGCCUCUCGACAACGGCACCAAGUCGCUCCCCUUCCCUCACGCACUCGUCGCCGGCAUUGAGAGGUACCCAUCGAAAGUCACCCGCCGCAUGUCGAAGAGCAAGCAGCAGAAGAAGUCCAAGGUCAAGCCUUUCGUCAAGCAGGUCAACUACACCCAUUUGAUGCCCACCCGCUACACCCUCGAGCUCGAGAACCUCAAGGGUGUCCUCAGCAACGACACAUUCAAGGAGGUUUCCCAGAGGGAGGACGCCAAGAAGACAGUGAAGAAGGCUUUCGAGGAGCGAUACACGUCAGGAAAGAACAGGUGGUUCUUCACUCCGCUGCGAUUCUAGAUGUGUGGCAGUUUCUUUUCGGUCGGUCGGUUGGUCAGUUGGUCGGUCGGUCGGUCCAAUUCAUGGCUGGGGCGUCAUUAUUGAAGGACACUUUCUGCAUGUGUGCGCAUGUGUGGGGUCGUGUGUGUGACUCUCAGUGAACCUGGUCUCCCGCAUCCCACAUGUUGCGAAAGAGCACACUUGGGAUGAGCAUACAG